UUGGAAGGUUGUGAUUUCUGCAGGACAAUGGCGUGGAUUAGGAAAACUUUCCGCAUGGUUGACUUUGUGUAACAGUAGACGAUGUUUAACACUUUUACAGCUGUACUUUGAACCGAAUCACCCAAUCUAAGUAUUAAAUGGGCUUUGAGAGUCAAGCCUUUGUACUGCUUCUGUGUUUUAUUAACCAGUCUAGAAGUUGAGCUGAUUCACGGUGUUGCUGCACUUCUUCAUUGUUUCGUGUGUGCUCUUCCCCGUGAAGGAUCAACCUGUGCAAGUUCACUAACGUAAGGCAGAGUUACUUUCAUCAUGCAGCUGGUGAUCCGCCGGUACAGUCCUGCAGACAAGGACACAGUGCUCACCCUCUUCAGUACUGGCAUCUUGGAGCAUAUCCGUCCAUGUUUCUAUAACGCCAUGACCAGUCGCCUUUACCUCACCAUCACCCCGACUCUGUGUGUUGUUGGUUAUCUUCUUGGCUCUGUGUUUGGGGCUGUGCUGUUUCCAGCAGCUUGGGUAGGUCUCAUCUACUACUGCUGUCAUGAAGUAUAUGCCGGCUUCGUCAGGGUGAGACUUCGAACCGACAUGCAGGACAUCCCUGGGAACUUCCUCAGCAGACCUGAUGACUGUUUCUGGGUGGCUGAGGCCAGAGUUGGAGCGAGAGCCCAGGUUGUUGGUAUGGUGGCUAUGGUAGCUAAACACAGUGAGACAGAAAAGUAUGGGGAAAUGUUUAGAAUGAUCAUUUCCCCACAGUAUAGACGGAUGGGCCUCGGCUUAAGGUUGACUCAGACCGCGGUUGACUUCUGUAAAGAACAGGGCUUCUCCAAGGUGGUGUUGGAGACUUCCUCCACCCAAAUGGCAGCCGUGGUUCUGUACAGCAAAGUGGGGUUUAACCGUGUCCAGUCUCAUAUCAAAGCACAGGCAGCUCAUUGGAUCAUUUCACUGGCCAGGGUCACAAUUAUAAGGAUGGAAAAAUAUUUGUAAAUCAAAAAUAACAGUCAUCAGCAAUGUAUUGUUUUCAUGCUUUGCUCCUCUUUAACAGUGGUUUAAUAUUUGGCAAUGGUUAAACUUGACUGUAAUCAAAACCCCCUUGUUUAGGUGUAACUUAGAAAAAAAUGCCAAAUCUGUUAUAUACUUUAGGACUAAGCACUAUGAACAGAUCUGAAAGUAAGUAGCAAGAUGUUGUUACUAAAACCGUCUGGCUUCCUCUUUAUAGAGCACUAUGCAUAUUCUCUGGCUACACUUGAAGCCCUAAAAAAUUUCUGUUAACAACAUAAGCACAAUUAGCAGCUCCACUCCUGUGAACCAAGAUUCACCAACAGUUAAUCCUUACAUCGUGUACUUUUCAGUGAUGAUUAGAAUAAUUUAAUGUAAUCAGUUGUACUGACCACUUUCAGCUGUAUUCAUUUAAAAAAGAAAGGAAAAAAAAUGUUUCACAAUCUCUGUGUUCAUUCGUCAUCCUCGUUAUGUGAGAAGGAAGGUCUGAUGUAUAAUGUCUGAAUUAUUUUCUACUAAAUGCCAAGAUUUGGAGAAACGUUUUAAAAUGUUAUAACUGAGAUACAGUACACACAACAUAUUGUAAGCACAUAAUACAAAGUAUGUAAAAAUGUUGUAUGUCAUAAUAAUAUUAAUAAUGAAAAUAUUAACUUUUAAAAGGUAAAUGUAGAGAAUUUAUAUGCAUUAGAGUGGACUUAAAAUUCUGAUUAAACUAUUCGAUUGUUUUACACUUUUUUUUCUUGAUGUAAUCAGAAUAACAGAUAUUUGCUUCUGAAAUGAAGACAUGAUUAUUAAGACUGAUAAUGUUGAAAAUUAAAUCACAAAUCUAAAUUCAGUAUGUUGUGCCCCAGCCUGUACUGUAGAUGUGGAUGUGAACAGCAGAGGGCACUAUUGAUCUAAGUAACACUGGAACUCUUUUGAUGAAAAUCAGUAUUUUCUGAUAUUGUACUGUAUUUACUUCCUUUUAUACCAGAAAGUAUUAGGGGUUUAAAAUAUGUGUGCACCAACAACAGUGCUGGGAAGUAAAUACAGUACAUUUUCUAAUAUGCUUUGUGAACUCAAGUUUUACGUCUAGAAUAUGUUGUGAUAGACUGUGACGCAGAAUAUGAAACAAUAACAGAUGGCCUAGUGCACAACUUUUCAUGGGUAAUGGUAGUAGUUUGAAACUCACUGACUGCUGUAGAUGGUGUUCAUUAAAACUUCCAACAUUUUAAAAUUC